GAUGGCGGACUCUCACAGUCACUCCAUAGCAAAUGAUCAGAGCCAACGACAAGAGGAAGUGCCCGACGAGGAAUUCAGACGCGAUCUAAGACGGGCUACGUCGUCCAGUCCACGGUCGUUGAAGAAAAUCGUCUGUUUGCUCGGGACCAAGGAAAACUUCGACGUCGAGAAGGGCAUCGCUCAGUCCACAACCACUAAGGAGACUACAUCACGUAAAAGUUCAGAGCCGAGAAAACCAAGUACCACGUCGACGAGUGAGUCGUCACCGACGAAGACAGAGCCGUCAAAAACGGUACCAUCAAAAAUAACACCCCGAACCAGUCAUUCGUCGUCGACCAGUGCAGCACCACUGCCUUCACCAAAAACGGAGCUGUCAAAAACAACUUCACCAAAAACAACACCACGAACCAGCCUGUCUUCCUGUUCUUCACCACCGUUCGACUCACCGACAAAGCCAGGGAAAUACACUUCGAUUGACCUUGAAAACGAUCUACCGGAAAUUUACAG